AUGGAUGCGCAGAAUGCUGCCGAGUCGACCCAGACGAGGCCUGCUGGCGCUCCUUCCCCUCGGCAGCGGCGAAGCUCUGGGCCGGACCAGAAGGCAUCCUCGCCGACCCACCUGAAGGCCCCGUGGCCGAAGUCUGCAAGUUACAAUGCGGCCGCCUCGCCUUCCGCCCAUGAUGGCUCGCCGACAUCGCAUCCCGACGACCAUGCCGACGACCGCGACUCGGACGCCGAGACCAUCGUCCUGCCUGGUAAACAUGCCCGCUCUCCCUCCAAGGCCCGCAAGGUUCGCCAGGAGGAUAAGAGUGAGAGCGACGCCGAGGCCGGCAAGCGCCGCAAACCCAGCCAAAUACCCAUCAGCGACGAUGCCGACCCGAGCAACGGCAGCAACGAAGGCGACGCCAAGGCCCCAGUCUCCGCCGGCGCCCCUGGCAGCAACCUGAACGUGAAUAAGAAGAAGCAGCAGCAGCAGCAGCAGCAGCAACAUCGCCUCUCCGCUUCGGGCUCGGCUGCGCUGGAAAAGGACCGUCGUCCUCGCGGCAAGGACGCCGGUGCCGCUUCGGCCUCUCUGAGCUCUGCACCCGCCUCGCCCUCUCAAACACCUCAUCAAAACCAUCACCGACAGGAGCGGCAGGAGCGGCAGGAGCGGCAGGAGCAGCAGGAGCCGCCGCAACGACAGCAGCAGGUUCAUCGCAGGCAUCGCUCUGAUGUCGGCCUCUCUUCUCUUUCCGACUCCGAUCAACAUUCAUCACACAAGGCAUCGUCAAAAUCAUUCCUACGCGACAAACUCAAGCCCGGCGAGCGACCUCUGCCCCACAAACGAAAAGCCCCCAAGACGGAAUCCGAUGACGAGGCGGAUGCUCGCAAGCCCAGCCGUCAACGCACCACCAGCGCUGGCCUGGACGUCGACGGCAGGCGCCCAUCCAAGACACCCUUGAAGGCCCCGCCGGACUCCCGUGCGAGGUCGAUUUCGCCCCAAAACCGACACCGUCGACGGAGCACUUCAACACACCUGCCCCCGAAUUCAUCAAAUAGCAUCUAUCACAAGAAGAAGCAGCUGCCUCCACCUCUCCAGUCCGUGAGCUAUCACUCCGACUCCUCCGACAGCGAGUCCCUGCAACCGCGCACCUCGAAGCUGCGCAACCUUGCCACUUCGACGGCAGCCGAUUCGGCCAUCUCCCCGGCCAAGAUGGCACCCCACAAGAAACAUCUCGACGCUCACGGCCAGACCCUCUUGGCGCGCGCCUGUGCGCGUGCCGAGUACGACAACGCGAAGAAGCGACUCCAUGAGCGGCCCGAGGAUUUGAACGUCGCAGAUUACGCCGGCAACACGCCGCUCCAGAUCGCCGCCAUUAAUGGCUGCGAGGAUAUUGUGAAGCUGUUGAUCGAUGCUGGCUGCAACCUCGACUGUGUCAACUACGACAAAGACACUCCGUUGCUGGAUGCCGUCGACAACGGCCACCUCGGCGUCAUCAACCUUCUUUUGGCCGCUGGCGUGAACCCUCGCAAGGCGAACGUCAACGGCGAGGAGCCGCUGGAUCGUGUCACGGAUGAGACGGAAAAUGCCAAUGAAAUCCGUACCGUGCUUCUCGAGGCCCGAAAACGUGCCGGAGAUCGACGGGGCCGAACCUCGGAGGACCGCAACUCGCAUCACGACAACUUGGACGCACAUGCUCCCGACAGUCCUCGCCGCUCCCCGACCGGCACCGCGGCACUCUCGACCGGCCGCAGGGCCGGCACCGUUCGCUCCACCAAGACGAGGAACGACUUGCUCUACAUGCCCUUGGACGACAAGACGUUGCGCCAAGCGGCCGGGCGCGGCGAUGAGGAAACCGUCGCGCGCAUAUUGCAAGUGAAGGAAAAGUUUGAUGAUCCGGAAACCAUGGUGGCCGCCGCCCGAGGCGGCCACGAUCUCGUCCUGCAGCUGCUGCUCGGCCUCGGCAACGCCAACGCCGACCCCAGCCCGGUUCCGUCACUUACGCCCGAGCUGGCGACGCCGAUGCUCGCCGCCAUCGGCCAGGAGAACAUCAAAGUCAUCGAACUCCUGUUGGAGCAGCAAGGCUUCGACCCGACUCGCCGGUUCAAGGGCGAGACCUACUACGAGAUUGCGCGGCGUCGAGGAGGCCCGAAUGGCCACGAGGAGGAGCAGAAGUUGAAGAAUGCCUAUGACGAGUAUAAGCGCUCGCAUCGGGACACCCUGAAGCUUAAAUCUCCCGGAGGACGGCUUGAGCGCGAAAGGGAACGAGAGUCACGGCGAGACGACGGCAAAGACGUCUCCCGGCCUCUGAAGCGAAACCACUCGAGCCCAACCCUCGAAGUCGACCCUAAGAAGAAGCUCGCCUCCGCUUCCAAGCUGACGAGUCCCCGUGAAAAGAAGAGGUCCAAUUCGCUCGCAAAUCGUGGCGAGGAUGAUCAUCCAAAGCGUGUCGUCGAACGUGUCAGGAAAGACGCGGCAAACGUCUCCGACCGAGAAGUCUCACCGGCAAGGCCUCACAAGCCCAAGGCCGUGCGCGCCGAGUCGGAUCUCACGGCCCUGUCGUCCGAGGGAGAAGCUGCCAAGCCUCGAAGGAAGCUCGUCUCCAAGGGCGAGCUGAGCCGAGAACGCGACAAGCAGAAGCGCGCCUUCAAGGAUCCAUCGAGCCCGAACGAGCCACGAAGCGACGACGCGGCCGACAAGAGCAAGUCGUCGGAAAAGUAUCACGGCAGGGCCAAGGCGCUGAAACGAGACGAGCUCCGAGAGCAUGGACCUGGCGAGGGUGCAACCAAGAGGCACCGAGCCAGCAUGACGCCCGAGAGGUCGAACGAUGCCGACAAGGAUCACGGCGAAUUACCGGUCAAGCGGCGACGGCUUGACGUGGAGAGCACGGACAAGUCCCUGAAACAGCCUUCCUCGGCAGACGGCCGUCAACAUAAAUCCAGCCUGCCACGCGACCCUUCUGCGAAGCUCUCCAGAAAGGACCGCGAGGAAGGGAGGGACCGGCGGGACCCCCAGCAUCCCGCCGGCGCAAAGGCCGGAACCGGCAAGUCGAUCAAGGUCAAGUCCGAAGAUGCCGACGUCCACAUGCUUGAUAUGGUACAAGCCCAAGUUCCCGUUGUUCCCGACGCCUCCAGCUCCAGAAAGGUCCAGGACGAGCAGGUGAAGAAGAAGGAGAUGGAGGAGAUUCGCGUCACCGAGGUGGCCAAGGAAGACGAGCGCAAACGGAUCCAGGCGGAGGAAAAGAAGAAGCGCGACGCCGAAGAGUCACGGAGGAAGGCGGAGGAGGAGCAGGCUCGCAAGGCGGAGGCGGAAAAGAGGAAGCGCGAAGAAGAAGAGGCGCGCAAGCGACAAGAGCAGGCAGACCGCGAGCGUCGAGAGGCCGAGAUUGCUGCGCGACGACGCGAGGAGGCAAGGCUACGGCUCGAGGAGGAGAGGAGGCGGAAGAAGGAAGCGGAGGAGCAGAAACGACGCGAGCAAGAGGAGCAGCUGCGCAGGGAGCAGCUCGAACGCGAGGUCGCCGAAGCGGCUCGGAAGCAGCGCGAGGAGGAGGAAAGCAGGGAACGGGAACGGCGAGAACGUCUUCACCGGGAAGAGCUGGAACGGAAACGAGCUGCUCGAGAGGCGGAACAGAGGCGACUCCACGAGGAACAGGAGCGAUGCCGGCUGGACAAGCUUCCACCACUGCUGCGAUGGUUGGAUACGUGUCCGAAUCCCAAGCUUCCCGCCGUCGCCCAGAGGUUCGCCCGCUUGCUCGGCUGCCGCUACGACACAAUCCACCCGGAGACGACUGGGACCGAGGUCGGUCGCGAACAGUGGGUUCUCAACACGGACGUCGCGCUGCUGCUGGGCGAGAAAGAUCUGAACCUCUCGAGAUAUACCGGGUGGUCACGGACGCCGGCGAGCAAGCUGGCUAAAUUGACCGUUUGGGGAACCGAGGGUAUUCGCUACGCGCUGAUCGAACACAAGUGGUGGGAUCUUGGACAACAGCUUCCCGGGUACUACGACGGACGUAAGCCGUCAAGCCUGCGCACGCUGGAACUAGAUCUGCUCAGGAAGGCGGCGUGGGAGAGGUUUCUUGCCUUGGACAUGUUCUUCGUGAAGGUGUCCGAUCUCCUAUACACGAUACCCAACGUUCCGCACCUUCUGAACAUCAAAGUUGCGGUCGAGUAUCGAGAGCUGUUCGAAAGCGAAGCGGAUGCUGCCAAGUGGACCGUGACCAAGUCGAAGUGGAAGAAGGAUCCCGGGGCGGCCAAGUACCACGGUCACGCGCCGCGCAACCAGUACUUUGUCAACGGCGUCUUCGUCGGGGAGGACAUUGCCAGUGGGUACCAGAUCAGCAGGACGCCGUUUCCGGAGAAUCGCGUGCCGAGACGGGGAUUGGUUCGCGUCUCGCGAGACGACCCGGACUACGAACGCCUAUGCAAGGAGCAGGGUCUGCAACACUUGCUCGAGGAGCAGCAGACUCCUGCGUCGGUGCCGAAUGGCCUUUUGUCAUCUCCUGCGAGUCAGACGACGGCCGCUCCGGAGGCUGCCCUCGUAAACGGAACGACCAGCCAUUCCACCGCACACGAGCAUGUUAACGGCGUUGAUGCGGCGGGUGAGUCGACGGCGAACGGUGUUCAAAACCAGUGA